AUGCAAGUCCUCAAGGGCACAACAGCGGCCGCUGCAGUGGCCGCUGCGGCUGGUCCAAAGAUCUACGAUGCUCUCAUCGUCGGCGGCGGCCCAGCCGGUAUGUCGGCAGCCCUAGCACUGGCCCGCGUCUGCCGGACAUCCAUCCUCUUCGACACAGGCGACUACAGAAACCAAGGAGCACGGGCGAUGCACACAUUCCUGUCACGCGACGGCAUCGACCCGGUUGGGUUCCGCGCCACCGCACGCCAACAAAUCCAGGAGAAAUACUCGGCCCAGGUGUCCUUCAUGAAAACCAAGAUCGUCCGCGUUUCCAACACGGAGAUCCUGCCCGGCUACAAAGGCUUCGAAGCCACCGACAGCGCGAACCAGACCUUCCAGGGGAGGAAGCUGGUCCUCGCCACGGGGACCGAGGAUCUCCUCCCUACAGAUGUCGAUGGUUAUAAAGAAAACUGGCCCGACCACAUAUACCAGUGCACUUUCUGCGACGGAUUCGAGCAAAAGGACUUUCCGAUCGGCAUGUUCACGUUCCCGAACCCUUCUUACGCCGGCUUCGCCUUGAUGGCCCUCCCCUUUAACCCGGACGUGACCAUCUACAGCAACGGACCCGUCCCGGACGACGAACCUACGCAGAUGGCCCUGAAAAAGGUACUGGCUGCCGGCGUUAAGCUCGACGAGCGACCGGUCAAGCGGCUGGUCAACAACGGCGAGGGUCCCGCGAACGGCAUCACGGUCGAGUUCGAGUCCGGGCCACCGGCCAAGCUCGGCAUGCUGCUGCACCGCCCGCCGACCCGGAGCAGGGCGCACGACCUGAUCGAGCAGCUGGGCCUCCAAACCAAGCCCAACGGCGACGUGCAGGCCGACCCGAUGAUGCUGCAGUCGAGCGUGUCGGGCUGUCUCGUGGCGGGUGAUACCCAGGAGUCGAUCAAGCAGGCCGUUGUAGCGGCUGCCAACGGUGUUCGUGCUGGCGCCGUGGUGUCACUCCAGCUUUCUGAUGAGGAAGGAAACCGAGCGUUGGCUGAAGCGGAGAAGGCAAAAGCGGCGAGUCUGUGA